CGAGCGCAGCUCAAAAGAGGAGCGAAGAGGAGAGAACGUCCUGAUGCUUCCAGACCCAGAGCGCCACCAUGUCUCUGUACCGCAACUUGGCCUGGUUCCUCAAGGGGAUGACAGAGUUCACCAGGAAUGCCUUCUUGUCAGCUUCUAAGCGCUUCGUGGAGAAGGACCUGGAGGUGUCUUUGGCAGGACGCUCCUUCAUGAUCACUGGAGCCAACAGUGGCAUCGGGAAAGCCACGGCUAUGGCUAUUGCCAGGAGAGGUGGAACCAUCCACAUGGUGUGCAGGAACAAGGACAAGGCUGAGGAGGCGAGGGCUGAACUUGUCAAGGAGACAGGAAAUAAAGAGAUCUAUGUGCACAUUCUGGAUUUAUCCGAGACCAAGAAGGUCUGGGAGUUUGCUGAGGCCUUCAAGAGAAAGUACAAGACUCUCAAUGUUCUGAUUAAUAACGCGGGCUCCAUCAUGAGUCAGCGGGACGUGAACGCGGAAGGUCUCGAGAAGGGCUUUGCCACCAAUGUCCUCGGCGUUUACAUUCUCACCAAGAGUCUCAUUCCUUUGCUGGAGAAGAGUGCGGAUCCCAGAGUGAUCACUGUUUCAUCAGGUGGGAUGUUGGUGCAGAAGCUCAGGAUAGGGAACCUGCAGUCCGAGAGAGGGCGCUACGAUGGCACCAUGGUCUAUGCCCAACACAAGAGGCAGCAGGUGGUAAUGACGGAGCAGCUUGCAAAGAUCCACCCGAGCAUCCACUUCUCUGUCAUGCAUCCCGGCUGGGUGAACACUCCUGCGGUGGCAAACGCUAUGCCUGACUUCCAUCGCUCUAUGAAGGACAGCCUGCGGACCCCAGAGCAGGGCGCGGACACUGUGGUGUGGCUGGCUGUGUCUGAGGCUGCCGCUGCCAAACCCAGUGGACGCUUCUAUCAGGACCGUAGGAUGGUGGGCACCCACCUGCCACUGGCUUGGACCCACAGUUCUCCCCUGGAAGAGCAGAAACUCAUAUCCGCACUGGAUGACUUGGCCAAGAUGUUCCAACCACAUUAAAGCCGAAGGAGGGCAUCAGUGCUCACUCUCGAGUAACACUAGUAAUACUCAUCAUAAUAUUAUUUGAAGAUGUCUUUUAAGAUAGCCUUAGUCAGCCACAUUAAACCUGAAUUGCUUUUUAAUGAUUCAAGAAGUAAUGUGAUUUUACUUCUGUGUUGUCGAGUCACACUGUUACUAAAUGAUAAAUGAAUGCUUGAUGUUUUCCAUAACUUUGCAUUCUUAGAGAGAGCAUUUAAAGAGCUUCCUCACUCUUUUCGCUGUGACUUUUCGAAAGUUGUCAAUCAGAUGGGAAUCUGAUCAGACCAAAGUCUCAGCCACUAUUUAUUCACGCAGACCCAGCUCUGGUUUCAACCUCAUUCUUGCGUCUGUAGUUAUGUGUAACUAACAAACGUGCAUCUUGUAUGUAAGUCUUGCUGUGUAGCAGCUUGAAUUCAACACUUUGCAUGCGUUUCGUCAGUAUAUGUAUUCAUGAAUAGUAUCUAGCCAGCAUCAAGCCUAUUUACUGAAGUGACUUAUAUUUGUAAAUGCCUUCUCAAAUAAAAUGAUAAAAAUGUG